AUGUUCACUGGUGGAAAGUAUGACGAGAAAGAAAUUGAGCGUUUCUCCGUCGACGAUGGCAGCCAUUUCAGUAUCACAGGAGAAAUUCUCCCUUCUCUCGGCGCCACUCGCAGCUUUCACCGCAAUAGUGUUGGUCGAUUCGUUAUCUCCCCUUUUGAUCCUCACUACAGGACAUGGGAGGCUUUCCUUGUGUUGUUGGUUUACUACACAGCGUGGGUGUCACCGUUCGAGUUUGGCUUCCUAGUCCGCCCGAGUGGGUUGCUCACCAUCACCGACAACAUCGUCAACGCCAUCUUCUUCGUCGACAUCGUGCUCACCUUUUUCGUCGCGUAUCUUGACAAGACCUCGUACCUUAUCAUCGAUUCAAAGAAGGAGAUUGCUACGAGGUACGUCACGACUUGGUUCCUCCUCGAUCUCAUCUCCACGAUUCCAUCCGAGUUUGUUCGCGUGAUCUUGCCGAACAACCUUCAGUCCUACGGCUAUGUCAGUAUGCUCCGCCUAUGGCGUCUCCGACGAGUCAGUCGAUUCUUUGCUAGAUUGGAAAAAGAUAAGAAUUACAGCUAUUUCUGGACUCGUUGUGCGAAGCUCGUUUCUGUUACACUCUUCGUAAUUCAUAUGGCUGCAUGCAUCUUUUACCGUUUGGCUGCACAUUAUUUUAACCCCACGGAGACUUGGAUUGGAUCGGUUUGGGAAGAUUUUAAAACAGAGUCACUGUACUCUCAAUAUAUAAAGUCCUUGUAUUGGUCUAUAACAACAAUGGCUACAGUUGGAUAUGGUGACCUACAUGCUGUGAACCCCAAUGAAAUGACGUUUGAUGUGAUGUAUAUGUUGUUCAAUCUCGCGCUGACAUCCUACAUUAUUGGAAAUAUGACCAACUUGGUGGUUCAUGCGGCCACUCGCACCAGACAAUUUAGAGAUACAAUUCACGCUGCAUCAAGUUUUGCACAAAGGAAUCGUUUACCUGUUCGACUGCAAGAUCAGAUGAUUGCACACUUGACUUUAAAGUACAGAACAGAUUCAGAGGGACUGCAUCAACAAGAGGCCAUCGAUUCACUUCCCAAAGCCAUUCGUUCCAGUAUUGCAAACUAUCUAUUUUACUCACUCGUUGAUAGGGUGUACCUGUUUCGUGGCGUAUCAAAUGACUUGCUUUUCCAAUUGGUAUCAGAAAUGAAGGCAGAGUACUUUCCUCCCAAAGAAGAUGUAAUUUUACAGAACGAAGCACCCACAGAUAUGUACUUUUUGGUCUCCGGUGUUGUGGUUGUUGGUGAGGCAAGGACUGGGGAUGUGGUUGGUGAGAUUGGAGUGCUAUGCUACAGGCCACAGUUAUUCACAGUUCGAACCAAAAGAUUAAGUCAGCUUCUACGUUUGAAUCGAACUGCCUUUUUAAAUCUUAUUCAAGCUAAUGUUGGAGAUGGGACAAUAAUAAUGAACAAUGUUCUUCAGCAUUUAAAGGAAAAUAAUGAUCCAAUCAUGCAAGAAAUUUUAUUAGAGACAGAGCACAUGUUGGCACAGGGAAGAAUGGAUCUGCCUCUUACUUUGUGUUUUGCAGCGACGAGAGGUGACGAUCUAUUGUUGCACCAUAUAUUAAAGCGUGGUUCAGACCCAAAUGAGGCUGACAAUGGUGCACGAACUGCAAUGCAUAUUGCUGCUUCAAGUGGUAAUGAUCAUUGUGUAGCCUUACUUCUGGAAUAUGGAGGAGAUCCUAACAAAAAAGAUUCUGAAGGAAACGUUCCAUUGUGGGAUGCAAUGCUUGGCAAGCACGAAUCUGUAAUCAAGUUGCUUGUGGAAAAUGGUGCUACACUUUCUUCGGGCGACACAGGUCAGUUCGCAUUCACCGCGGUUGAGCAAAACGACUUGGACUUGCUGAAUAAAAUCGUUAGUUACGGCGGAGAUGUGACAAGACAAACAAGCAGCGGAACCACAGCUCUUCACGCAGCAAUAUCUGAAGGAAACAUCGACAUCGUUAAGUUCCUUCUAGACCAAGGAGCCGACAUCGAUUUGCCAGAUUCCAACGGGUGGACGGCGAGGGCUUUGGCAGAUCAUCAAGGCCAUGACGAGAUCAAAACAUUAUUCCAAAACAGGAAAGAAGUAAUCAAGAGACCAAUUCCCACCAUCAGUCAAGCAUCCAAGCUAGGAGGUGAUUACUCGCCGCGAGGCGUCAUGCCAUCUGUACCUGAAAGGACAUGGACCGAUGAUUCCAGCAGAAGAAGAAGAGUUAAUACUUUCAGGAAUUCACUUUUUGGGAUAAUGUCUGCAGCUAACACUGGUGAGGGCGAUGUGAUGCCAGCUGGAGGCAGCUUUUCUGGGUUGUCAAGCUUAGCAAGUGACCCUCCAGCGCGAGUGACGAUUAGUUGUCCGGAGAAAGGUGAUGUUAAUGGGAAGUUGGUUUUGCUACCAAAGUCACUCGAGGAAAUUUUGGAGAUUGGAGGCAAGAAGUAUGGUUUCAGCCCAUCUAAGAUCUUGAACAAAGAAGGAGCUCAAGUUGAGGAUAUAGAAUUGAUAAGAGAUGGUGACCACAUCAUUGUCGCCAGUUAAUUGAUUCCGUGAUUAGAAAUCAUUUUCUAGCUAGCUAGGAUACAGAAUUAAAGACUAAAUAUUCACCUAAGCAUGGAGCUUGAUUGAUGGCAAAGAUGAUUUUUUCUUUUUAGUAACAAUAAAAAUUUGGAAGGAAUGGUACGAGGGGGAGAGGGACUAAAGCUAGCAGCCUAAGUUGUAAACAAUAAGAAGGGACAGUGAGAGGAUAUGAAACUAGUGAACUUCGGUUAGCUUGUUGAUGGGCCUCCAAGAAAGCACAAUUAGAUUACACAUGUUGCAGAUUCUUAAUUGUCAUAUGUGCGUGGAGAUAGAUUUUCUAAAUUUGUCUUGUGCACAUUCAACAGUUGAUGAAUGAGACAUGCAGAAUUUAUCGACGUUAGCACAUGAGGAUUGGGCCAUGCGUCG